AUGAAAAAACGUCUUUUAUGUUGGCUCAUUAUUUUCCCUAUUUUUAGUCUAUGCUUAAAAUUAAAAUCAAAAAUAAAAUUUUUAUUUUAUAUAUCCUCAUUAUGUAAACAGAAUGGAAACAACCAUAAAAUAAAACAAAUACCGUUUCACCAUCACAUAGAUAAUACUAAUUUAUAUACACACAAUUAUGUAAAUGUAAAAAAAAACAAAAUAAAUAAUCCUCACAUUUUAAUAACGUCACCUGAAGCUGCUAAAAUAUAUAGACUUGUAGUUAUACUACUAAUCUGUCAUUUAAAAAAAAUAAUAAAACAAACUAGUGACACUACAAAAUGGAUAUCCAUAAAAAACAAAGACAAUAUAAAUAAAAUAAAUAAACUUCUAAACAUCCCAAUAAUUUCAAUCGGAUACUCAACUAAUCAUAUACUUAAUAAUGAAUUAAAAAAAAAUGAAUUUUAUAAUAUAUAUAAAAAUAUGUCUUUAGAAAAUAAAAAAAUAUAUCAUAUAAAUAGUUAUGAAUUUAACAAAAUUAAUAAAAAUUUGAAAAAUUUUAAUAUUGUUUUUACUCCAACUAUAUCAAAUGCAGACACCCUAAAACGAGAACUAUCCUUACACUAUUUUCAAAAACAAAAAAAUCAUUCUAUUGAUCUUGUUUGGGUUGCAUCAGCUAUUAGUAAGGCAAAUUUUGAAAACCCUGAAAUGUGGGUCGAAGAAAAAAAGGAAAAUAAAAACAGCAAUUACAAUCAUAAUGUAAAACAAGUUAACGCCACGAGAAUAAACUGCUAUGAUACUAAAGGCAUAAGUUAUAGCAAAACAAAAUUAAAAAAAAUAAAAAUAAACAAAAAUUCUAUAAUCUGCUUAAUGAGCAAUAGUGCUGUCUUAUCAUUUUAUCAAAAUUUUGGAAAUAAAUUUAAUUAUGUUAUAUGUAUGGGUGAAAGUUGUUAUGCCCUUUUGAAAAAACUAAAUUUUAUAAAUAUUUAUUAUCCAACGAAUUCUAAAUUGGAGUUACUACUAAACAUGUUAGUCAAAUUGCAUCAUAAAGUAACAAAAAAACAUCAUAAAAAAAAUGAAAAAAUAGCAAAUAUAAAAUUGAAACCCAAUUUAGGAAACACCACAAAUAAUAAUUAUGAGCAUGAAAAUCAAAUCAAUACACAAAAGUCCAAAUAUAUGAGCAAACAAAUCAAGAUUGUUCUUACUAGGGAAAAACAUAAAAAUUUUCAAAUAAAAAAAUUCCUUAACAAAAAAAAUAUACCAACCCAAAUUAUACCUUGCAUAAAAACGGAAUAUAAACACAAAGCAAUUACCCACCUUUGCAACGCUCUCCUUUCCCACAUUCAAAAGGGGUCGUAA